CCCGGGUUCCGCAUUCAGAGUGUGUUUGUUGUGUUGUUGUGUUGUUGUGUUUCUGGUCAGACGGACGGAGAGGAGAGCAGCCGCUGAAGAUGAUGGAGCAUUCAGCGUCAGACUCAGAAACUGAAGAUCAUGUCCAGCCUUUACUACGCCGGAAAGACACCGGAGACAUUCAGAAAGCUCCUGCUUGCUGCUCAUCACGAUACGGCUUGGCCUUUUUGUCCUGUUAUGGCUUCUUUGUGGCAUAUGCCCUCAGGGUGAACCUUAGUGUGGCAAUGGUGGACAUGCUGAAAAACAGGUCCAGUGUCAACAACAGUUCCUCUGUCUGCCCUCAUCAUAGCAUCCCAGUGCCCAAACACAAUCACACUGCCAGUGUGUAUGACUGGGAUUCAGAGACUCAGGGCUGGAUCCUGGGCUCUUUUUUCUACGGAUACAUACUUACUCAGAUACCAGGUGGCUACUUGGCACGUAAGUAUGGUGCCAAGUGGCUCUUUGGUAUCGGCAUUCUUUGCACUGUGAUCUUCACCCUGCUGACUCCAGUAGCCACUGAUCUGGGAGCUGGUUACCUCAUCGCUGUCAGGGUGUUGGAAGGCAUUGGGGAGGGAGUGUCAUAUCCUGCUAUGCAUGCGAUGUGGGCAUCAUGGGCACCACCUCUGGAGAGAAGUCGACUACUCACUAUCUCUUACACAGGUGCUCAGCUGGGAACUGUAGUAGCCCUUCCUCUGUCUGGCCAGAUAUGUUUUUACCUAGACUGGACUUAUGUCUUUUAUAUAUUUGGAGCUGUUGGACUUCUUUGGUUUGUCCUUUGGGCUUACUUUGUCAGUAACAGUCCCAGCUUACACAAAAGGAUAUCAGCAGAUGAGAAGACCUACAUAAUGGCAUCUUUAAAAAAUGAACUGUCCCCAACCACAGAUUACAUCCCAUGGACAUCAAUUCUCAAGUCUUUGCCAUUAUGGGCCAUAGUUGUGGCACACUUCUCUUACAACUGGACAUUUUACACUCUGCUUACUCUCUUACCCACCUACAUGAAUGAUAUACUCGGAUUCAGCAUCCAGCAGAAUGGAAUGCUCUCGGCUUUGCCCUACCUUGGUUGUUGGUUGCUGGCUUUGCUGGGUGGACAGCUGGCAGACCUCCUGAGAGAGAAAUAUCUUAUCCGCACUGUAAUUGUGCGUAAGGCAUUCACUAUAGUAGGAAUGGUGGGACCAGCCGUCUUCCUCGUGGCUGCUGGCUACACUGGCUGUAACUUUGUCUUGGCUAUAGCCUUCCUCACCCUCUCUUCCUCUCUAGGGGGCGUUUCAGCCUCUGGAUUUAACAUCAACCAUUUGGACAUUGCUCCCUCAUAUGCUGGGAUAUUGCUUGGGAUCACAAACUCAUUUGCCACUAUACCUGGCAUGGUGGGUCCUGUAAUAGCAAGAUCUCUGACCAAAUCUAACACCAUUCCAGAGUGGCAAAUUGUCUUCUACAUCUCUGCAGCAAUCAAUAUAUUUGGAGCUGUUUUCUUCACAAUUUUUGGCAAGGGCACACUCCAGCCUUGGGCUGUCCAGAGAAUACACAUCCAAUGAAACACGUCAACCAUUAGCCAUUUCCAAAAGGCCGAAAGGAUGAACCUAUUGUAAAUUCUAUAGAGAUCUUAGCAGUAGUUACAUAUGGUGUGCAAACUAAUGAAUAUUGCACAAUCCAAUGUUGUUGUUUUUUAAGCAUACCAACAAACACCAUGAUUUUUGGUAUUUUUUAUUGGGAAUAUCUGUAUUUGUUAUACAUGUCAGUAGUUUUUCAGACAAU